AUGGGAGCGCUCACCAGCCGGCAGAACGCCGGAGUGGAAGAGGUGGAUAUCCCGUCCAAUUCCCUCUACCGAUAUCCCCCGAAAUCCGGAAGCUACUUUGCCAGUCACUUCAUCAUGGGAGGUGAGAAGUUUGACUCUACACACCCUGAAGGCUACCUCUUUGGGGAGAACAGUGACCUCAACUUUCUUGGGAACAGACCUGUACCGUUUCCGUAUGCAGCACCUCCUCCCCAGGAGCCGGUGAAAACUUUAAGGAGCCUGAUCAACAUCCGCAAAGACACACUGCGUUUAGUCAAAUGCACAGAGGAAGUGAAGACUCCAGGCGAAGAAGUCAGCAAAGCGAAAGUCCAAUACAACGUGGAAUUCACAUUUGAUACAGAUGCACGGGUGGCCAUAACCAUUUAUUAUCAAGCCACUGAAGAAUUUCAGAAUGGAGUGGUGAGUUAUAUCCCUAAGGAGAGCAGUUUACACUCCGAGACUGUUCAUUAUAAGCGAGGUGUAUGCCAGCAGUUCUGUUUGCCUUCCCAUAGUAUUGAUCCCUCAGAAUGGGCUGAAGAAGAGCUGAGCUUUGAUCUGGACCGUGAAAUUUAUCCCAUGGUGGUUCUUGCAGUGGUAGAUGAGGGAGAUGAGCAUAUGGGUCACUGUCAUGUAUUGCUGGCAACUUUUGAGAAGCAUGCGGACGGCGGCUUUUGUGUGAAACCCCUCAAACAAAAGCAAGUGGUGGAUGGAGUGAGCUAUCUCCUUCAGGAAAUUUAUGGGAUAGAAAACAAAUAUAACACACAGGAUUCAAAGGUGGCAGAGGAUGAGGUGAGUGACAAUAGUGCAGAGUGUGUAGUCUGCCUCUCCGACGUCCGAGACACCUUGAUCUUACCCUGCCGCCAUCUCUGUCUCUGCAACACUUGUGCCGACACCUUGCGCUAUCAAGCUAACAAUUGUCCCAUCUGCAGAUUGCCAUUUCGGGCCUUGCUACAGAUCAGAGCCAUGAGGAAAAAAAUGGGACCCCUCUCCCCCACCAACAUCAACCCUAUCAUUGCAUCCCAGACAUCAGAUUCAGAGGAACAUUCAUCUUCAGAAAACAUCCCUCCUGGCUAUGAGGUGGUCUCCUUGCUGGAAGCCCUUAAUGGGCCUCUCACUCCAUCCCCAGCCGCUCUUCCUGUCCGUGUGCUUGGGGACAGCCAUGUGUCAGCCAUGCUACCCACAUAUGGCAGUGACAGCCACUUGCCUCCCAUUAGGUCACUGCCUUCCCUUGAACGCUUAUCAGAUUGUGGCAAUCAAGGACAUAAAUUAAAGAAGAGCCUGUCCAAGUCAAUCUCACAGAAUUCCUCAGUAUUACAUGAAGAAGAAGAUAAGGCUCGCAGUGAAUCUGAAGUCAGGAUUUCCCAAAGGAAGUCUCCCUGUCCUCAUGGAGAGGAUUGUGGUGUGACACCUGAAAGUGAAAAUCUCACCCUAUCCUCCUCAGGAGCAAUAGAUCCAUCUUCAUGCACAGGAACACCUCUUUCUUCUACCAUUUCUUCUCCAGAAGAUCCUGUUAGUAGCAGUCUGGCUCAGUCAGUCAUGUCUAUGGCCUCCUCCCAAAGUCAGCACUCCGAAAUCAGCACAGAUACCAUGUCUUCCAUGUCAGGUUCCUAUGUAGCCCCCGGCACUGAAGAAGAGGGAGACAUGACGGCAUCCCCUGCUGUUGUCAGUGAGGUACCUUCAGAAGGAGAUUCAACCCCUGUUGAGUCUCCUGAUGAAAAUUUUGUCAGUGUCUCAGCAGAGGAACGAGAUGCAGAGGGGAAUGAUGUCAUGGAAGAAGAGGAUGCCUCUCCCACACAGGAAGAUGGCCAAAGGACAGGCGCAUACCUAGGUAUGGAGUGUGACAAUAACAAUGACAUUGGCAACGCAAGCGUGAAAGUUCUGGACAAUAAGGUGUGCUCUGAGGCCCGCUUACCUGAUCUUCCAACAUCAGCUGACAACUCUCCGAACCACGGCCAAAUGCUGAGACACCCCUUCUCUGAUAAUGUUGAUCUGGAGUUUGCUGGAGAUAUGGAGUGUGUGUUGGGACCUCUGUGUCCUCAAUACCACAAAGAAAAAAUAAUGAUACUAAACACCUCGACACAAUAACAUAAAGAAGAGCAGCAAAGCCAUGGGUACAAACUUCAUCAAGUACUGCAGAUCAUAUGACACCUAUUUUAAAAAGAUACAUAAUGCUAAGCAUUCACAAAUCACUAACUCAAUGGUUUCUGGUGUUAAAAUGAACUUGCGGAGAGGAUGGAUGAAUGAGCUUGAGAUGUAUUUGGUGACUGGUACCUCCAUAAAUUCUCUCUCCCUUUCCUAUUUUUAUCUUGCCAACUCAACCCACUUUGUAAUCAUUGUUUCCUUUUAUGCUCUUAAUUUAACACUUGUUUGGGAUUGUCAUAACACUGGGUUCCUUCUGCUAGCUAUGAAUGAAUGCCAGGUUAUCUUUUAAGUUCUUAGCAUGUACAUACUGAAUGUGUAUUGUGAAAACGUAAUGUAUGCGGAAACAAAUUCACACCUCCAAACCUAUGCAUUGGCAGAGAACUGUGUCUUCUCCACCCAGAGUGAUAAAAUACAUUUGAUAUCACCUAAUGCCUGCUGACUUGAGAAGAAAUGUAAUGAUCUACCUUUUUAUCUAUUCCAGUUUCAUCCUGUAGCCUUUUAGUUACCCUUCAAACAUGCUCUGUUAGCUGUUCUGAGCUACAUCUAAGGGGUUAAUGCCAAAGAUCUAAUAUCAGUUAUAGAUUACUCAAGAUCUGGGCUGAAUUGUGGGAUGUAACACACAAAGGCAAUGCUGUUUCAGGGGAAUUAACAUGCCUAGUACCAACAAUACUUUGGUAAAGAAAUAAGUGGUGUCUAGCAGCUCUCUCCAAGUGGACAGAUAAGUUGCGUAGCUAGCUCUAAUUGAAACUUUUCAAUGGGGAGAUUUCUCUGUGAAAAUUCAGACAGAUGUCCCUCCACUUGAGCAAAACGAAAUGAACUAGCUGUAUGUGAAAGUGUGGCUGAGGAAAACAUAAAGAACUGGCAUAAAAUAGCAAUUUGUUGAGAGAUAUAUUAAAUGCAUUAUUUGUAUGGUGAUGUCACUUGAAUUACAUGCAUGUUGUUAAAAGUCUGUUUAUAUGGGUAAAAAUCCUUUAAAGGUGUCUUUCAUUAUGCAUUUGUUAAUUAUCAUGUUAACAUAUUUCCCUUGAUGACGAGUAUAUGAAAAUCAUACCAAAGCAGCAAUGUGAUUUCUUUUACACUGAAAAACAAUUAUUUGCUUGCUCAUGUAAGGAUCGUGCUGCAAUUCUCUUUCCUCCCUCCCCAAUAUAUUACGGUACUAGCAAUCUGGUGAAUCUCCAGUAUCUUGGGGGCGACCAUUUUUGAAUAUAUUAAAACUAAUGGAAGUUUUACAGUUUUUGAGAUGCAAUCUCUACUGGACUUCUGAAACUAUGGACAUAAAUGGCAUGCAAGCAAUUUUUGAAGAUAUGGCAGGAACAAAACUACUAACUGUAGAUGUUUAGGGGUUUUUUUUCUUUUUGCUUUACCUGUCCUUGGCUGCCAUCCCAUUGGAGAUUAACCAUAAAAUAACCAUAACGCCCUACAGUUGAAUAAUCUAGUUCCAUUAAUAAUUCAACGAGAAGGAUUCAUUUAUAAUUUCCAUAGGAGUAAUGGUGGUGGACUGCUUCAUUUUUACCUUGAAUCCUUGCUUCUAGAUCUUCGUUAAUAAGCUAUAGUAACUUAAAAUUCUUCACAGAGACAUAGAGUUAUUUUCCAGGAGAGACUUUCUGGAUGAUGAUCUUGUGUAGUCUCCAAGGGAAGAAGACAAAGUGCACCUCGUCACAUUCUGCAUCAUUCCUCAUCCUCUUUUCAAGGUUAAAAAUGCAAAUCUGCUCAGGUACUAUCAUAACUUACUUUGUGUAGUCAGGUAAGAACAAAUGUGCACAUUGCUACAUAGGCAGCAUUUCCACUGCAUCCUUGGAUGACUUAAUGAGAAAUACCUACCAAGUUUAUAUGCAUAUUAAUUAAACAAUAAACAAGAAAAACAUGGUAAAAGGAAACAAAAGCAAAACUACUCAGCUCUUAUUUUGACUAAAUCUUCUGUAACGAAGAAAUGUUUCAAAAGCCAUUGGGAAGAACAGAAUAAAGUGACAGGAUUGAGGUUUGAGAGCAAAAGAAACAUGGUCAGGAAGAACCUGUUUAUUUUUGAAUAAGAAAAUUAAUUCAACGUCAGAUGGAUUUUAUCCUUGGAUACCAAAAGAACUGGUUGACAGUGCUGCAUAAUCUCUGGAAAACCUUGGAGAUCAGGUAAUGUGCGAUGCAGAGAAGAAUAAAUCUUUCCCUCUUCAAAAAAGAGAAGAAGGAUUCAGAGGAACUAGAGGUCAAUCUAAUAUCAGUAUCUAAGAAGAUUCUACAACAGAUUGUAAAGUGAUUGAUUUAGUGAUUACCUUGUUUUCAAAAUGCUUACAGAAGCCAGUUUGGAUUUGUCAAUAAGUCUAACCUAGCUACAGGAUGAAAAUGCCACAGAUAUAAUUCAGUAUUCUUUAUUUCAGCAAAGAAAUUUUUGCUGAAUUGCAAAGAAAAAGUACCCCAUGACAUUCUAAUUCACCAACUGGUUACUUGUGGAUUUAAUUGUAUAUUAAUCAAACAAUUGAUUUUAAAAUCAUAUCUAAGAGUAUCCAUCGAUAAUUGUGCAUCAAAUCAAAUGAAUUUUUGUAAAUGACUGAAAUGAAAAGUGGAAAUUUGAUUAGAAUUCUUUAUUAGCCAAAUGUGAUUGGACACACAAUGCUUCGGAUUUACUGACAACACCUUCAAAGCUAGAAAUAAACUUAGAACAAUCUUGAUAGGUUACAGAAAUUGAUCAAAAAUAAUAGAUAAUAAUAAAAAGAAUAAUGGAUCAAAAUAAUAUAAUGAAAUUUAAUAUAUAAAUGCAAAGUUGUACAGGAAACAAAUCAAUUGUAUAGGUAUAGAAUGAAUAUCUAACUGGAUAUUGGUUAGAAAUAUUUUGAUAUAGUUGCCACAAAUUUUAAUCAGCAGGUGGCACUGCUGCAAAAAAGGCAAAAUAAAAUUUGGAUUUUAUGUAAGUAUAAGUAUCAAAUUGCAGGUAGUAAUUGUUCCAUUUUAUUAUAGUGAGAUCUGAUCUUGACUAUCAAUUCCAGCUCUUGAUACCAAACAUUAAAAAUGUUUAAAAUAAAAUGCAAUAAGUUCAGAGAAAGCAGUGAGAACAAUGGGGAAGCUGCAAAUGAAAACUUGGGAAAAGAGGAACCGAGAAUGAUUGACCUUGAGAACAGAAAACUAGGAGGAAAAGAGCAUCUUCAAAGGCCUGAAAGGAUGACCCAGAGAAGAAGACCAAGUUCUGUUCUUUAUCCUUUUAGAAUACAGGACAUGUAAUUAUGGACUUAAAGGAGGUUUCAAUUGAAUGUUAGGAAAAGCUUGAAAGAAAUUGUGGAUUCCCCUUUACUGCAUGUGUAAAAUGAAUGUCAAGAAUCCCUGCACUGAGCAGGAGUUGGAUUUGAUGGCUAAAUGGUUCCUCCUAGUACUUUAACUCUAUGAACAAUAUUAAUAGUAUUUUGAAAGUCCAACAACAACAGCAACAAACUAGCAUAAAACCUUUUAAUUAUGCUCAGCUUGAACGAGCUUGAGGGGCAUUCAGAAUAGUGUCCCUUGAAGUGACUAAGUGGAUCUGGAGGCUUCACAUGGUUUGGUACAGCUGGUGAACACGCAUAAAAGUAUUUUGUCCUAUGAGCAUGACUUUGUCCAACUGUUCUCAUUCUUCAUUUAGAAAACUAGAAAACUGCAUUUCCUCAAGCUUACCUCACCUGUUACGUAGUAUGCCUGUAAAAUAUUCAUAUAUUGAGACAAUGCCUGCAGGACAAAUGUUGAUAGGGAUCACAGGAUUGGCUUAGGCGAUAUGUAUAUACUUUAUUCUGUUCUCACCAAUACUCUUGAAAUGUGUGUGGUCCUAAUGUUCCAGGCAUCUCUCUAUAAAGACUGUAAUAAUGGUAAUCGAAUGGCCGGGAAAGAUAUGGCCCAGCGAGGCCAUUCUAAAAUGUAGCUUUCUCUUGUAGCCUUUUUCUCUCAGGGACGAAGGCCAUAUUUCAUGCACCCCUCCUAGCCAGAUUUUGUUUUUGUGAAAACAGAAAUUGCCAGAUGCAGAAAUUGGGUCCAUCUGAAAUACGUUAAUGAGCAAAGAGUGGGAGCAGAUAAGCAAGUGGAACCUCACUCAGGACUGCAGUUAUAUUUGACUCUGGGCAAUGAAGGGUGAAGCCCUCUGGAUACACUUGUGUGCACCUCAGUGACAAUGAUGCAAUAUGUAUUUAGGGUUGCAUGACUCUUUCAAAGAGUGAAUAAAACUGUUUACAAUGGAAAGAAA